AUGCAAGCACCAAGGUCUCCGAUAUUCCCGCCCCAGCGAUUAACACUCGCUGGAGAUACAGACAUGGAGUCCAGAAACCAGGUGUUGCUUCCUCAGCUUCCGGACAAACCUGUUUGUCUGACUUCAACGUUGCAAGUGUACGUUAUUCCAGCCGAAGAUCGUCUCUUUUUGCAAGGGUUCGACUCCAAUGAGUAUGCUGAAAGGCCUCCUACUUUGUUGAGGGGAUGCCUCUGGUUGAGGGUCCUCAAACCGACGAGGAUACGCUCGCUUACUUUGCAAUUUAAAGGAGCGGAACGCACCGAUUGGCCCGAAGGAAUCCCGCCAAAACGAAAUCAAACUGUUGAGAUUAAUGACAUUAUCUCUCACACUUGGCCGUUUUUUCAGCUGGGUAACACAGCAAUCACGCCCAAUAACGGUGCUGACUUCUACAGAGAACUACCUAGACAUGGAGACCACGAUGUAUCUAGUCUCAACCUUGCUGAGACCAUCUCAAGAGGCACAUCGCCCGCUCCAGAUGUUUCGUCGUCAGGGUUUUUAAACAGCGGUCUCUCGCCUGUAAGACUUGUGAAGCGGGCAACGAUAGAUGCUGGCUCAUCUUUCACUUCAUUAGCUGACCUUUCUCCUAUGAGUUCGGUCAACGACGAUUCAUCCAAAGCAGGGAGUUUUGUGCCCGGUGACUAUAUCUAUAAUUUUGAGCACCCGAUCCACCCGCUGCUUCCUGAAACGACGUCCGUGACGUUCGGGUCGGUGUUUUAUCAUUUGGAAGUCACGGUGGCUCGAUAUGGUACGUUUAAACCCACGUUGACAGGGAAAAUUCCCGUCGAAAUUAUACGAACUCCAUCAGAGGAAAAUCUCGAGGAGAACGAGCCAAUUGUCAUCACACGAACCUGGGACGACCAGAUCCAGUAUGAUAUCGUGGUUGGUGCUAAAUCUGUCAUUUUGAAUACUUACCUUCCACUUGCAUUCAGGUUUGUUCCAUUGUUCGGAAAAGUAGCGCUUCAUCGAAUUCGAGUUUAUUUCACCGAACAUCUCGAAUACUACUGCCUCAACAAAAAGGUUCAUAGAAUGGAACCCGAGAAAAAAUACCUCUUGCUUGAACACAAAGCUCCCAAGGGUCAUUCGUUGCUUUCAGACAGCGCUGUUGAUUCUGAGGAAGAUGUCGAAAUCUUACCAAGAGAAUUGGAAUUCCAAGUAUACGUUCCACAAGUGCUCAACAGGUACCACAAUCACAUGUUACAUCCAGAUACUUCAUUCACAAAUAUUCAAGCUCAUCAUUGGAUAAAAAUAUGUCUUCGUCUUUCAAGAAAUGACGAGAGUGCAGGCAAACGGAAGCAUUAUGAAAUUUCAAUUGAUUCACCCAUUCAUGUCUUAUCUCCUCAAGCUGCUCACGGCAAUACUUUAUUGCCAGCGUACGAAAAUGAAAUGGACCUAAAUGCUCCUCAAGCAAUGUCGUCUCCCCCAUUAUCUCCAGAUGUGACAGCUUUAUCUAGUGAUCAUGAUCCGAAUGAUUUGCUUGCUCGAGGAUAUACUCUUCCCGUGGACAGGCUGGGCUCGCCCUAUAGAAUCAGCUCUCCCAUGAGUGAAGGAGAGCCAAUUGAGCGUGAUGCCAAUAUGCACUUGGAAGCCAAUUUGUAUCAACCAAAUGCUGACUCCAUCGAUCACAAUCUCAGUGCAUCACAGGCAAAGCCAGACACAACUAUACUGCCAUUGAACUCACCAAUGCAACGUCCAAUCCAUGUGGUCCGGAGACCAUCUUUCAAUCCUCCAACAUUUGAAGCAGCUACUUCACCUCUCUUGUCAGGCGGACCACCUCUCGAGGCAGGGCCACCUCCAGCAUACGAGGCUUCUCAGUCUCUUUCCUUGUCACCGCUCCGCAUAAACGACAGUCAAAAAGCUACCCAUGGCUCGACAAUUGCUGGAGCUAGUCCAUUCCCACUGAUUGUAGGGUCCGAGACUCCUAUCAAAGAGAUGCUUAGACAGCAUUUGGGUUCAGACUAUCACCUGGCAGGCGAUUCUGAUAACAGAUCUCGUUCGUCCAAGGGUACUCAAUCCAGCGGAUCGUCGUUAACAACCGGGCAUAAUGAGACUGACGUUACUGAUUCCCAACAAUCGAUCAAUCUGAAGGUAGAAGAUACUGUGCCUGUCCAUGACCAGGAAAAUCUUAACCAUGAAAAUCAAAGUACGUCCAAGUCGAGGCAAUCGUCGUUCAGUUCAGAGGGCUCUACAACCCUGGAUCCACCGGUUGAGCAAACGCUUCCAUUGCUCAGCGAGUCAACUACCUCUUUGGACAAUGUGCCGAUUGAGAGCAGAAAUUCGUCCAUCACUUCAUUCCAUGAUCGCCGGACAAGUAAUGCCUUUGGUGCCCAACGAAUCACCGAGUUUAUGAAUGGUAACUUCAUCGACGAUUUAUACAAAUCAGGUAACUUGUCGCUGCUUCGAAACCCCCGUCUCAAAAAGCAUUAUCAAGAAGAGCUGAAGACGCCAGUCGUUCCAGAUAAAGCAAGACAGAAAAGCUUUGGAAUCGUAGAUGCUUUGAAUGGAGAUAACUCGUCUCAAAGCUCCAAUUCCACCGAUAGUGGAUCUCGUCGAAGCACCAACGACAAUACUUUCUUACCUGAGCGUAUCAUCGAGGGAAAAGAGGUUCCCGGAUUCAAUGUCGAUUACAUUAUGUAG